AUGGUGGAUUUCCCAGUCUUGCCAGAAUUCUCCCAGCAAGUACCUCUGCCCAGAAAUCUCUUCUUCUUCAUGCAUCUCCUUCUUCUCCUUGAGCCUGGAGAGAUGAACUCAGAGGAGGUCAGGGUGGUAGGCCCUGGGGAAUCCAUCCUGGCACUUGUGGGGGAAGAAGUGGAGUUCUCAUGCCACCUGUCACCAUACCUGGACGCUGAAGAUAUGGAGAUCCGCUGGUUCCGGAGUAGGACCUCUGACGUGGUACACCUGUACCAGGGGCGGCAGGAGCUCUACAGCCAGCAGAUGGUGCAGUUCCAAAACAGGACCAAACUCCUCAAAGAUGAUAUCAUGGAUGGUAGUGUGAACCUGCAGCUCCAUAGCAUCAUUCCUGCUGAUGAAGGCCUGUAUGGGUGCCGUUUCCUCUCCAGCAACUUCUCUAGGGAAGCGGUCUGGGAGCUGGAGGUAGCAGGGCUGGGCUCAGACCCUCACAUCUCCCUUGAGGGCUUCAAGGAAGGAGGCAUUCAGCUGAAGUGCAGUUCCAGUGGCUGGUACCCCAAGCCCCAGGCUCAGUGGAAAGAUCAUAAAGGACAAUGCCUACCUCCAAAGAUGGAAGCCAUAGUCCAGGAUUCCCAGGGCCUGUUCAAUCUGGAAACAUCCGUGAUUGUCCGAGAGGGUGCCCACAAUAAUGUGUCUUGCUCUAUCCAGAACUCUCUCCUGAUACAGAAGAAAGAGUUCACCAUCCAGAUAGCAGACGCAUUUUUACCCGGAACCUCUCCCUGGAAAAGAGCUUUCUUCGGGGCUCUGGUGGGACUGCCACUCCUCCUGGCUCUCCUUUCAACGCUGGCGCUGUACUUCUUUCAGAAGCAACGGAGGUCCCAAGAAAAGUUGAAGGAGCAGGCUGAGAAGGACAAAGGGAGACUCACAGCAGAGCUGGGGAAGCUUCAGACAGAACUUGACUGGAGAAGGGCUGAAGGCCAGGCUGAGUGGAGAGCAGCCCAACAAUAUGCAGUGGAUCUAACCCUUGAUCCGGCCUCAGCGCACCUCAGCCUGGAGGUCUCCGAGGAUGGGAAGAGCGUGUCUUCCUGCGCAGCAGUGUCCGGUUCUGUGGCUGGGGACCCGCAGAGGUUCUCUGAGCAGACGUGCGUGCUGAGCUGUGAGCGCUUCUCGGCUGGCCGCCACUACUGGGAAGUGUUUGUGGGACGGCGCAGCCGCUGGUUCCUCGGUGUGUGUCUGGCUGCAGUGCCACGCUUGGGGCCUGUGCUCUUAAGCCCGGCCAACGGCUAUUGGGUGAUGGGGCUGUGGAACCACUGUGAGUACUUCGUCCUGGACCCACACCGCAUUGCCCUCACUCUGCGCGUGCCGCCCCGACGUGUGGGCAUCUUCCUGGACUGGGAGGCAGGAAAACUGUCCUUCUUCAAUGUGUCGGAUGGCUCCCACAUCUUCACCUUCACCGACACCUUCUCAGGGACACUUUGUGCGUAUUUCCGGCCCAGAGCUCAUGACGGUGGUGAACACUCAGAUCCCCUCACUAUCUGCCCAUUACCUAUUAGAGGGACACGACGCCUGGAAGAGGAUAACCAUGACACCUGGUUACAGCCUUAUGAACCUUCAGAUCCCACCCUGGGCCUGUGGUGA